AUGUCACUANCACUCGAACGUAUAACAGCAGAUUAUGUCACUAAGGGUUUCCUCAAUUGCUGGAUUUCACGCUUCGGAGUACCUCAAUACGUUACGACUGACCGUGGUACUCAGUUUGUUUCAGCUACUUUAAAAACUUUAGCAAAACGUUUUGGUUUUACGCUUCGCCCCACUACCAGUUGGCAUCCUGCUGCAAACGGAUUCGUCGAACGAAUGCACCGACAACUAAAGGCAGCCAUCAUGGCCCACGCAAAAGACUCGUGGACUGAGUCACUGCCUAUCGUGCUUCUCGGAAUACGUUCUGCGUUUAAGGAAGACUUAAAAGCCACGUCUGCGGAACUUGUUUAUGGUGAGCCUCUUAAUCUUCCUGGUGAUUUCUUCACAGACAAUCAAGAUAAUAGCAGUACGAACGACCCUACUAGCUUACUAGAUCGUCUUCGCAGUGUUAUGAAUAAAAUCCGUCCAGUACCUGCAUCUCGCCACUCAAAUCCACGAUCAUUUGUUUUUGCGGGCCUUAAGGACUGUUCACACGUAUUUCUCAGGGAGGGAGGUGUCCGAGCAGCACUUCAACCGCCAUAUCAAGGUCCCUACGAAGUAAUUGCCCGAAAUGACAAAACGUUCACAAUAAAAGUUCGAAAUCAACCAGUUACGGUGACGAUUGAUAGAGUAAAACCUGCCUACCUCAUGGUGAACGAAAGCACAACCGAUAGCCAGGCACAUGCUCCACCAGCGACUGCCCCGAAUACGCCCAAACAAAAACAACCGCCUAAUACCGAUCCAUCAACACAGCCAGUGCGAACAACUCGCUCAGGCCGCCGAGUCAGAUUCCCGGACAUUUUUGACCCUAGCUAA